GUUGCAAACAUUGUAUGUUACAAUUAUCCAUAGCAUAAUAAUAAAUUGGACAAGUAAUCUAAUUAAAAUAUUUUGAUUACUAGUAUUUAGUAUUGUAUUCUAUUAUUUCACUUUAAAAAAUGUAAAAGUAGUUUCAUUGCGUUUUUCCAAAAUAAUGGCUAUCGUAAAAACUCCUGUUUUAAAAGUGAUUUUAUGUGGUGAAUAUGGUGUGGGAAAAAGUUCUAUAUUUCGACGAUUCAUAAAUAAUUCGUUCCUACCAAAUGCUGAUAGGCGAUCUACUUUGGGACUUGAUCAUUUUGAGAAACUAUAUCAAGUUGGUGACAAGGAAGUCAAGUUGCAAUUAUGGGAUACUGGAGGAAUGGAAAGGAUUGCUUCAGUGACAUCAAGUUAUUAUAAAUUUGCUGAAGCAGCAAUUUUAGUAUUUUCUUUGGAUAAUAUUUCUUCGUUUCAUGUAUUGAGUCAACAUUUGUUGGAUAUUGUGACUUACGCAGAGAAUGCAAAAAUUUAUCUGUGUGGAAAUAAGUCUGAUCUUGAAGGGACAUCUCCACAAGUAACUGAUGCUGAUAUUGAAACUUUUUGCGAACAAUGUCACAAUCUUAUUAGUAGCAUUUAUAAAACAUCAUGCAAAACCGGAAAAGGCAUCGAAGAGAUGUUUAGUGACAUUGCAUCACAACUGGUAGAGUCAAAUCGUUCAAGAAUUGAGCUCCAAGCUUUAGACCACAACAGUUUUAAAAUAUCUCAACCUGAAUCUCCUGAGGAACCAUCAUGCAGUUGCUAAUUUCGUCUUGAAAUGCAAUGUAACUUUUAUAAGACUUAGUAUUUUAGCUUACAAUUUAUGUCUGAAAUAUUAUACAUAUAUGCAUAAAUUUUAUAUGUGUAUGUGCUAUGUUUGUAAUAAACUAUCAAUUAUG